UUUGAUCAGCUGCUCAGUUCCACCUCGUCAUUCAACCGCACAGCCAGCAGAACAGAAUCUCCGGGUUUCCAUAUUUUGAUUCUCUAUGGGAAAAACAAUUAUUAUUUUGUUAUUGCUUACUUUCGCUUACUACAAUUAACUAACUAUGUGUUUCUCGGCAAUGAAUAAUCAAAUUAAUAAUAACGUGAAGCAAGUGAAAUAUGUGCGAAACCAUAGCCCAACUGUUAGUUCAAUAUAAAACAUUUUAUAAGUACAUGUAAAUAUAUACACUUGCUUAGUGUUCAAAACAGAAUUCGGUUGCUCAUGUGUGUGAAUAUAAAUAAAUACCAAUAGAUAAUUAUAUAUGUUCUUAUGUACAAUUGUCUUUUUCAGCUCUCUACAACGGUUUGAUUAAAAAUCAUGCAGGCCAAUGUUUUGUUCGGUUGGAAGAAAUACAAGACUCACGAUCAAUAUGAUUAUACCCCAAUGAGUGAUAACUCCACUUUAAAUGAAAAAACUCAAAAAAACCGGUCAAUGACAGCUAUUCACAUAAGAGUAUACCCCAACGAUAUAGGCUAUCAAAUUCCGUGCAGAGUCUUAUGGGACUGCAAAACAAGAAGAACCAGACGAAUGAUUAUAUUUGGACGUUCGAGAUGCCAUUUUCUUGUUAACCGAUGGGUCGCAGUCGCUGUGCUUUUAAUUUUAGCGACUGCACGCAGUGUUUUUGCUCAAACAGAAAUUAAAAGCUAUAGUAAUUCUUCCAACGGCAACGGAAGACCGGAAAUUGUUUUUUUGAGUAACGAAAAAAAUAUCGGUACAAACGUACUUUUUGAAAAAAAUGCAUCUUCACCGACCUCUGAAGAAGAUCAAGUUAAUGAAAAUACGGCAUUAUUCCAAAUGAAAGUACAAAGUAAGCUGGGGAGAAAAAGUUCGUCUAUACCAAAGGUGGCAGUUUCAGGAGAUCUUACAAGAGUUCAAAGCGUGUCUAUGCACCACAAUACCUUACUCAAUAUAGAAAGUAUGCUACAACGUCAGUUGCGUGAGAAAGCCAAAGUCGACAGCUUGGAGUCAAUUAAAAUGCACAUACUUAUGCGUUUGAAUUUAAAAAAACUUCCCAAUAUAACAAAACCAAUAUCCGUACCACAAAAUAUUUUAGAUAAAUUUUAUAAAGAUUAUAAUACUUCCUCGAAAAAUACAGUUUGGAGUCGUAUGGCAAGUACAGACGAAUCUCAUAUGUUGCAAAAAUCAACAAUUCCAGAAAAUGUGAAACCAAAUGACACUUUUGGCAGCGAUACCAUUACUGAAUUAUUUGAUGAAAGUUCAUCCUCUCAAAUGCAAGGAGAUGAUGCUAACACUGUAAACGAAUUUCAAUUAAUGCACGGAAUAGAUUUAAAUGAAAAUCAAGAUAAAAACACUGAAAUUCCCAUUAACAAUAACGGAGAAGAAUACGAAAGUAUUCUUUCACACAUUAGCAGCAUUUACAUUUUUCCUGACCAAAUUCAACCACAUGUCCGACACAAUCGCAAAGCCGAUGUUCUUCGGUUUAAAAUUGACAGUACCUACUCGGAGUUAUCAUACGCUACGCUUCAUUUAUAUUUACGUGGGUGGGACUGGAUAAACAGCCAUCAACCGGAACUCGUUGAAGAGAUUAAAAACCAGCCAAGUAAAGAAAUUGUUGUGACCAUCCACCGUGCUGCAAAGCGGGCAAAUACUACAAGCUUUACUCAUAAAGUCAAAAUGUUUGAGUUUCGGCAAAGUAUUCCGUCAGGACUUGGCCAAUGGGUUAACGUUGAUUUAAAAUCUCUGUUUGGCGAUCUUGGGUCAAAUAAUACGCAGGAAAUUCUAAUCAAAGGCGCAGAAUCCUGGAUGAAGCCAUUAGUUGUGAUUACCGAUAAUACAUCAAAGAAUCCAUUGACAGUUCACAUAGAAAUUGGAUCACAAAAAAAGCAUCGAAGAAAGCGCAGCGUAUAUAUGGACUGCACGGAGAAUGAUCAUGACAUGCGAUGUUGUCGAUAUCCACUCAAAGUUAACUUUACCAGCUUUGGAUGGCAUUUUGUCGUAGCACCAACGUCAUUUGAUGCAUACUUCUGCAGUGGAGAUUGCAAAGUUGGGUACCUAGAGCAAUAUCCCCACACACAUUUAGCAGCCUUAACUACGUCGGCCACACCGUGUUGCUCGCCUACAAAAAUGAGUUCCUUAAGUUUGUUAUAUUUUGACGACAACCAUAAUCUGGUGUUAAGUGUUAUACCAAAUAUGUCUGUCGAGGGUUGCAGUUGUUCCUAGAGGACAAAAAAAAGACAACUCAAAAGUUGUGUUUGAAUAAUAGAACUAAUAAAUAAUUUUAUGUAAAUAAAUGCACAUAGGGGAAAUUAUUGAGCUGUUUCAGAAAGCGAGUAUGAUGUGAUGUAAAGAAAGAAAAAUGCUAUUAUUUUAUAUAAUUUGUACCGUAUUAAGAGUAGCUUCUAAAGUUUUUUAAGUUAGGCCUAUUAGAUCCGUUCGUCAGCUAAGUGAAUGAGCGAGAGGCAAAUAGCUGGCUGACACUCUUCUACCCUGGUACUCAGAUAGACAAAAUAAAGACCAGAAAAUUA